AUGAAGCUUAUAAUAGCAUCUAUUUUCACAUUUUCUAUAAUUUCAUUGGUUUCGGCACGACCGACAUUUGAUAAAAUAGCGAACGCUUUAUUGGACGUAUUGGACCCAGAUACAAAUUAUCCAAACAGUCACCAUGGCGGUUACCAUCAACACCAACAUGAUCACCACUAUUAUGGAGGUGGCGCUCAACCAAACGGUUACUAUCCAAAUCCCAAUGUAGGUUAUCCUCGUGUGGAGCAAACCUACUAUCCAUCACAAGGAGCAUAUCCACAAGGACCAUACCCACAAGGACCAUAUACACAAGGAACUUACCCACAAGGACCACACCAACAAGGAUAUUACCCCCAACGUCCUUAUUAUAAUAAUAGAGGUCAUGGAAACACUGCACCGGAUGUUUCGGUGGAAAUUAUUGGCAGCUAUCAACCGACGGGAUAUCGUCAACGUGGUUAUUAAUAAAAUUGCUAAAGAAAUGUUGCUCUUUUAAAUGUGUGUCUAUAUUAAUUUAUAUUUGUGUUAAUAUGCGUCUGAAAUUUUGGGAUUAGAUCGAUGUAUUUUUAAUGAUAAUGCAAAAAAAAAUAAUAAUUCUAAAGAGAUUGACGUUCAUUUAGUGCUAUUUGUGGUUCAAGCCUUGAUUAUAUCUUGUAAAUGGAGAGUACUACGAGAUAUAAGCCAGCUUUAAAAAUUGUGAGUCGAUCUUUCUUAAUUUUCCGAUAUCAACCGAAAGUACAGCGAGUGUUCCUUAAGAUAUUAUUUUAUACCAAAGAUUGGUAUAAAUAAGAUCCGAGCCCAAGAAAAGCAUAUUUUUGUAACUAACAGUCUGAAAUAGAAAAGCCAUCUAUAAUUAUAUAUUUUUAUGUAUCAAA